AUGCUGGGCCGUUGUACCCUGCUGCUCACAUUGACAGGCCUGCUGUUCAUCAGGUCCACUCUGCCCCAGGAAUGCAUGAAGUACAAGGUCAGCACCUGUCGAGAGUGCGUGGAGUUGGGGCCUGGCUGCGCCUGGUGCCAGAAGCUGAACUUCACUGGGCGUGGGGAACCUGACUCCAUCCGCUGUGACACCAGGGACCAGCUGCUCCUGAAGGGCUGUGUGUCUGAUGACAUCGUGGACCCCAAGAGCCUUGUUGAGGCUCAGGAGGACUGGGUGGGAAACCGCAAGCAGCUGUCCCCACAGACUGUGACACUUUACCUGAGACCAGGCCAGGCUGCCAUGUUCAAUGUGACCUUCCGGCGGGCCAAGGGCUACCCCAUCGACCUAUACUACCUGAUGGACCUCUCUUACUCCAUGCUCGAUGACCUCAUCAAUGUCAAGAAGCUGGGGGGCGACCUACUCAGGGCCCUCAACGAAAUCACUGAGUCGGGCCGCAUCGGCUUUGGCUCCUUUGUGGACAAAACAGUGCUGCCCUUUGUCAAUACGCACCCUGAGAAGCUGAAGAACCCAUGUCCCAAAAAGGAGAAGGAGUGCCAGGCCCCGUUUGCCUUCCGGCAUGUGCUGAAGCUGACCAACAACUCCAACCAGUUUAAGACAGAGGUUGGAAAGCAGCUGAUUUCUGGGAACCUGGACGCCCCCGAGGGUGGCCUGGAUGCCAUGAUGCAGGUGGCCGCAUGCCCGGAGGAAAUUGGCUGGCGCAAUGUCACACGUCUACUUGUGUAUGCCACAGACGACGGCUUCCACAUCGCCGGUGAUGGGAAACUGGGUGCUAUCCUGACCCCCAAUGAUGGCCGCUGUCACCUGGAGGACAACAUGUACAAAAAGAGCAAUGAAUUUGACUACCCAUCAGUGGGUCAGCUGGCGCACAAACUGGCUGAAAACAACAUCCAGCCCAUCUUUGCUGUGACCAAGAAAAUGGUGACAACCUAUGAGAAGCUCACAGAUAUCAUUCCCAAGUCUGCAGUUGGCGAGCUCUCUGAAGACUCCAGUAACGUGGUCCAGCUCAUCAAGAAUGCCUACAAUAAACUCUCCUCCAGAGUUUUCCUGGACCACAACACUCUCCCUGACACCCUGAAAGUCACCUAUGACUCCUUCUGCAGUAACGGGGUCUCACAACUGGAUCAGUCCAGAGGGGACUGCGAUGGUGUGCAGAUUAACAUCCCGAUCACUUUCCAGGUGAAGGUCACGGCUACGGAGUGUAUCCAGGAGCAAUCAUUUGUGAUCAGGGCACUUGGCUUCACAGACACGGUGACGGUGCACGUCCGCCCCCAGUGUGAGUGCCGCUGUCAUGAUGUCAACCCCAGCAACAGCCACUGCAACAACAAAGGCAUUGUGCAGUGUGGCAUCUGCAGGUGUGAACAUGGCUACAUCGGGAAGAGCUGUGAGUGCCAGACACAGGGCCGCAGUAGCCAAGAACUGGAGGGGAGCUGCCGAAAGGAUAACAGCUCCAUUGUGUGCUCAGGGCUGGGUGACUGCGUCUGUGGAGAGUGCAUCUGCCACAGGGUUGAUGAUCCCAAGAAGCAUAUCUACGGGCGCUACUGCGAGUGUGAUACCUUCAACUGCGAGCGCUAUGAUGGCCAGAUCUGUGGCGGCGAAAAAAGGGGGUCUUGCCAUUGUGGCAAGUGCACCUGCUACCCAGGCUUUGAAGGCUCGGCAUGCCAGUGCCGUACCUCCACUGAUGGCUGUAUGAACCUGCGGCAAGUUGUGUGCAGUGGGCGUGGGCACUGCCGCUGCAAUACGUGCGAGUGUGACCCCGGCUACCAGCCACCCUUUUGCCUCGAAUGCCCAGGCUGCUCCUCACCCUGUGCUCGCUAUGUUUCCUGUGCCGAGUGCCUGAAAUUCCACAAGGGCCCCUUUGAGAAGAACUGCAAUGAACAGUGCCAGGGUGUCCAGCUGCACGAGGACUUCCUCCAGGGCCGGACCUGCAAGGAACAAGACUCAGAGGGCUGCUGGAUUAGCUACACGCUGAAGCAGCGUGAUGGAAGAGACAGCUACUUUAUCCACGUGAAGGAAACACGAGAGUGUGCAGAGGGGCCCAAUGUGUUUGCCAUCGUGGGGGGCACAGUGGCAGGCAUUGUGCUGAUUGGUGUCCUCCUGCUGAUCAUCUGGAAGGCCCUGACCCACCUGAGUGACCUCAGGGAGUACAAGCGCUUUGAGAAGGAGAAGCUCAAGUCCCAGUGGAAUAAUGAUAACCCCCUUUUCAAGAGCGCCACCACCACAGUCAUGAACCCCAGGUUUACCGAGAGUUAG